AUGGCGGACGAACCUGAAACCCGACGCAAGAUCAUUGCUGAUCGAGAAGACGAAUAUCAUGCUCAACGGCUUAAAGCUGUCCUAUCCCCCGUUCGUGCGGAUCCUUUUAAAGAUGGCGAUAAGACUCCCGAUCCAAGGCUUAGUACUUACAAAGAUGUUAUGCUCAAUCAAAAGCUCACUCAGGAACAGCGUGCUCUGCGUGCAGAAAUCGCCGCGAAGGCUAAGGCGGGGGAACUAAAGGUAGUGGACCCGGCUCCCCCAGUCAAGCGUCGUCGUUGGGAUCAGCCUUCAGCUGACACUAAUGGUACUGUUGUCAAAGAUUUCACGGCUAAGCGUUGGGAUGAGGCAACUACGCCAAUCCAGCCGUUGGGCACACCCGGCAUCGCAGCAACUCCGAGCAGUCGCCAAUGGGAGGAAACUCCGGGUCGACCCCGUGAUCCUGCUGCCACUCCGGGCUUGAGACAAUGGGCUGAAACUCCGGCUUAUGUGCCUAGCGCAGCAACCCCUGGUCGCGAUCCACUAGCGGGUACGCCGAGCGCUCGAAAGAAUCGAUGGGAUGAGACGCCUCACUCCGAGCGUUACGGUGCAGAUACGCCUGGUCAUGGCGCUGGGUGGGCAGAGACACCUCGUGCUGAUCAGACUCCGAGCGGGGUUAAUUCAAUUCAGGAUACCCCCUCUUCCGCGUACAAAGCUCUCGGCCAGACUCCAAAUACAGCUGCAGCUGUAAUAGCCAAACGUAAAUCGCGUUGGGAUGAGACACCGAUGAAAGCUGGUGCUACUCCACUGGGUGGUGCAACUCCCAGUGGUGCUACGCCGAGUGGUUUCACGCCGACUAUGGGAACGCCGGUAAUAGGCACCCCUGGUCUUGGCUUCACCCCCUCUGGUGCUACUCCUACCGGUCUAAAAGCUAUGUCUAUGGCGACUCCGGCUUUCGGUGUUGCCAGCACAGUCCCCGGCACAGGCAUUCCAAUGACACCGGAACAAAUGCGGGCCGUGCAGUGGCAACAAGAAAUUGAUGAUCGAAAUCGACCGCUUACUGAUGAAGAACUGGAUGAUAUGUUGCCUCCAGGUUACAAGAUUCUUCCACCGCCCGCUGGAUACGUACCUCUGCGUACACCAGCUCGCCGGCUGUUGGCGACGCCCACUCCUGUGGCUGGUACGCCUUUCGGCUUCCACAUGACUACGCCUGAUGUUGGUACGGCUGCGGGUAUUGGGUCGGCUGCGAUGGGUGGAAAUGCGGUUGCGCUUGGCGAUCUGCAACCAAAGGGCAAUAAUCUGCCAAUGAUGCGUCCUGACGAUCUCCAAUACUUCGAUAAGCUACUCCAGGACGUGGAUGAGGAUAGUUUGCCUCCUGAGGAGGCAACUGAGCGCAAAAUCAUGACGCUUCUGUUGAAAAUUAAAAAUGGCACACCACCGAUGCGCAAGUCGGCUCUCCGUCAAAUUACAGACAAGGCGCGUGAGUUCGGUGCAGGCCCUCUAUUCAAUCAAAUUCUCCCCCUCUUAAUGUCCCCAACUUUGGAGGAUCAGGAGCGGCAUUUACUGGUCAAGGUCAUCGAUCGCAUUUUGUACAAAUUGGACGAUCUAGUUCGCCCUUAUGUGCACAAGAUUUUGGUCGUCAUUGAGCCCCUUCUUAUCGAUGAGGACUAUUAUGCUCGUGUUGAGGGUCGUGAAAUUAUUUCCAAUUUGGCAAAGGCGGCAGGUUUGGCGACCAUGAUUUCAACAAUGCGUCCAGAUAUUGACAACGUUGAUGAGUAUGUACGAAAUACGACCGCUCGUGCUUUUGCUGUUGUGGCCUCCGCCCUUGGUAUUCCUAGCCUUCUGCCAUUCUUGAAGGCUGUCUGUAAAUCAAAGAAGUCAUGGCAGGCGCGACACACAGGGAUCAAAAUUGUUCAGCAAAUCUCCAUUCUUAUGGGCUGUGCCAUCUUGCCUCAUUUGCGCUCCCUUGUUGAGAUUAUCGAACAUGGUCUUGUCGAUGAACAGCAGAAAGUUCGCACUAUUACAGCUCUUGCCCUCGCUGCUCUAGCCGAAGCAGCAACACCGUACGGUAUCGAGUCUUUUGAUUCUGUCCUCAAGCCUCUUUGGAAGGGUAUUCGUAGUCAUCGUGGCAAAGGUCUCGCUGCCUUUUUGAAAGCUAUUGGCUACUUGAUUCCUUUGAUGGACGCAGAGUACGCCAACUACUAUACGAGAGAGGUUAUGUUGGUACUGAUUCGAGAAUUCCCCUCACCCGACGAAGAGAUGAAGAAAAUUGUGUUGAAAGUGGUAAAACAGUGCUGCGCUACAGAGGGUGUCGAACCCGAAUACAUUCGCAACGAAAUUCUUCCUCCCUUCUUCCGACACUUUUGGAAUCAGCGCAUGGCUCUUGAUCGGCGCAACUACCGACCAUUGGUAGACACUACUGUGGAGAUCGCGACAAAGGUAGGUGCUACUGAGAUAAUCACACGUAUUGUCGACGACUUGAAAGACGAAUCGGAGCAGUACCGUAAAAUGGUUAUGGAGACUAUUGAGAAGGUCAUGUCUGCUCUAGGCAGCGAUGAAAUCGACGCUAGGUUGGAAGAACAGUUGAUUGAUGGAAUUCUCUACGCUUUUCAAGAACAGACUACUGAGGACACGGUGCUGCUGACUGGGUUUGGGACAGUUGUCCAGGCCCUAGGCAAGCGUGUGAAGCCCUACCUACCUCAGAUAUGCGGCACUAUUCUCUGGCGUCUGAACAACAAGUCGGCUAAGGUUCGCCAGCAGGCGGCUGAUCUGAUCAGUCGCAUAGCCGGUGUCAUGAAGGUUUGUCAGGAGGAGAAGCUCAUGGGUUACUUGGGUGUUGUGCUUUACGAGUACCUCGGUGAGGAGUACCCAGAAGUCCUUGGGUCAAUUUUGGGCGCACUCAAAAGUAUCGUCAAUGUAAUCGGUAUGACCAAAAUGACCCCUCCUAUCAAGGAGCUCCUCCCUCGUCUAACACCCAUUCUCAAGAACCGGCACGAAAAAGUCGAAGAGAACUGCAUUGACCUUGUGGGCAGGAUAGCUGAUCGUGGAUCCGAGUACGUCUCCUCGCGCGAGUGGAUGCGCAUCUGCUUCGAGUUGUUGGAGCUGAUCAAGGCCCACAAGAAGUCCAUUCGUCGUGCCACGGUCAACACCUUCGGCUACAUUGCUAAAGCCAUUGGUCCGCAUGACGUUCUUGCUACCCUCCUAAACAACCUGAAGGUGCAGGAGCGUCAAAACCGUGUCUGUACCACAGUUGCCAUCGCCAUCGUCGCCGAGACCUGCUCUCCCUUCACCGUUCUGCCCGGUUUGAUGAACGAAUACCGAGUUCCAGAACUAAAUGUGCAGAACGGUGUGCUCAAAUCUCUGGCCUUCAUGUUUGAGUACAUCGGCGAGAUGAGUAAGGACUACAUUUAUGCUGUCACACCUCUCCUCGAAGACGCUCUGAUGGACAGGUACAUCUCUCCUAGAAGUGUGGAUAAUCUCCUAGUUACGACCUGA